AUGUUACUACGCCUUGCCGUGCGCUCCAGCAAGCCUUCACCCUCAGAAAUUGAGGCAGACGUUCUCCCGGAAGCAAGUACUCUGGGAAGGACUCUGACAUGGAGAAGUGCCUAUAUCAUCACCAUCUCGAGAGUAUUGGGCUCAGGCAUUUUCGCCACCCCCGGCGUCAUCUUGGCUUCUGUCGGCUCUCCAGGCCUCGCACUUACGCUCUGGGUCGUAGGCGCCAUUCUCGCAUACUUUGGUCUUGCCCUUUCGCUGGAAUACGGAUGCAUGUUGCCACGGAGCGGAGGCUCAAAGACGUAUCUGGAGUUCACGUACAGGAAACCAAAGUACCUGGCCAGCAUCCUGGUUGCGACGCACGCCAUACUUCUGGGCUUCACAGCGAGCAAUUGCAUCGUUUUCGCGCAGUACAUGUACUUUGCAUUCCGCGUGGAUGGAACAGAAACCGGCCGCAAGGCCAUCGCGGUGGGACUUUUGACAUUAAUCACAUUGAUGCACGCCUGCUUUCGACAAGCCGGCAUCCGGAUACAGGAUUUCCUUGGUUGGAUCAAGAUUGCGAUGAUUGUUUUCAUGAGCUGCAGUGGCAUCUUCGUUGUGCUCUUCAGGCCGGAUCAACGAGAUGUGAGGCAUGCAGCAGCGGACUUGAUGCCGCCGGCAGAUGAACUGAAUUGGACUUGGGCUGGUUUCUGGGCGGGCAGUAUCUGGUCUUUUGGCGCUAUUGCGACUUCCAUCCUCAAAGUGUUCUACUCCUUCGCUGGGCUCAGCAACAUCAACAAUGUCUUGAAUGAGGUCAAGGAUCCGGUACGAACGCUCAAAUCUGUCACCCUGGCCUCUUUGGCUACGGCGUCGGCAAUGUACGCUCUUGCCAACAUGGCUUACUUACUCGUCGUACCUCUGGACGAAGUCAAGACGAGUGGUGAACUCAUUGCAGCUUUGUUCUUCCAGCGAGUCUUUGGAGAGACGGUGGGGAGGAGAAUUCUUCCCGUCAUGGUCGCCCUCAGCGCAGCUGGUAACGUCAUGGUGGUGACCUUCGCCCUGGCACGCUUGAACCAAGAAAUUGCACGAACUGGUCUGAUCCCAUUGUCAAAACUACUAUCAUCCACGAAGCCUUUUGGGUCGCCCAUGGGAGGACUCAUCGUGCAUUACAUCCCCUCGGUGCUGGUUCUCACAAUCCCCAGCGGCGAUGUAUAUUCCUUCAUCCUGGAAGUAGAAGGAUAUGCUGGGCAAGUGAUCACCGUUGCACUGGCAUUUGGUUUGAUUUGGUUGAGGUUCAAGAGGAAGGACUUGCACCGUCCGUACAAGGCGUUUCUGCCAGGAGUUGGAAUCCAGCUGGCUGUUGCAUUGGCCCUCCUCCUGGCGCCUUUUUUUCCGAGUGAGAAGCAGAAGGAAAAGGGUUGGUUUGGUGGAGUGGCUUAUGCUAUUGUGGGUAUCACAGUGUAUGGACUGGGUGUGGUGUACUGGUAUCUGUUUGCUAGACUUUUGCCACGAUGGCGAGGCUAUAGACUUGAAGAUCAGACUGAGAUCUUGGACGAUGGAACUACCGUUACAAGAGUCGCACAUCCCAGUGAGGAUGGUUCGCCACCCAAGCCUGCAUACGUGGGCCGCCCGGAGACCUAUGAGAGACCGCUUGAUACCCACAAGGCGAGGAUUCUGGAUGUCUCCGGCGAUGAGGACAAGUACACGCUUGAUGGCCAUGGGUUCCAAUUUGUGUCUCAUGUCAGCAAGGAGAAGGAUUUCUUGGAUGAUGAGCAGAUCAAGGCUGGGUACUACAAGGAGGUGGAUCAGCUUUUGAAGGAUGUAACUGGCGCCUCCCGUACCUUCAUCUUCGACCACACCAUCCGCCGCCCCGCCAAGGAAGGCAACACCCCAGCCCUCCGCGGCCCCGUCCAACGAGUCCACAUCGAUCAAUCCUACCAAGCCUCCCUCUCCCGCGUCCCCUACCACCUCCCCGAAGAAUCCGACAAGCUCGUCAAAGGCCGCGUGCAAAUCAUCAACGUCUGGCGACCCAUCAAGAAAGUCCUCCGUGACCCCCUCACCGUCGCCCAAGCCCAGACGGUCGGUGAAGAAGACCUCGUCCCAGUGGGUCUGAUCUACGAGAAGCGGAAUGGCGAGACGUUGUCUGUGAAGCACAAUGAUAAGCAUCAGUUUUACUAUAAGCACCACCAGACCCCCGAGGAGGUCCUAUUGAUCAAGUGCUUUGAUAACCGCGCGGGCGUGGAGAGUGAUCCGAAGUACAAGGAGAGGGCGAAGAGGGUGCCGCAUUCGGCUUUUGAGGUUCCUGGGACUGAGAAUGAGGAGGCGAGGGAGAGCAUUGAGGUGAGGUGUUUGGUUUUCCAUGAGGAUGAUGUUGAGUGA